AUGAAAGAAGCAACUGUAGCACCAACCUAUGCUCGCUUCGACUACAUAGUCAUCGGAGGAGGAACCUCCGGUUGUGCAUUAGCCGCAACGCUCUCUCACAACGCCAACGUUUUAGUUCUCGAACGCGGCAGCUCUCCCUAUGACAAUCCAACGGCCAUGGACAAGGAAAACUUGAUCAACACACUCGUAAACGUCACACCAAACUCGUGGUCGCAGCCUUUCAUCUCCGAGGACGGCGUUUACAACAUACGUGCGCGCGUCCUCGGUGGAGACUCAGUGUUAAACGCUGGAUUUUAUUCACGUGCGGAAAAAGAUUACGUCGAAGAGGCUGAGUGGGAGAUGGAGAAAGUAGAAGCUGCUUACGAAUGGGUCGAGAGGAAACUUGUGUUCGAGCCACAAGUAAUGGGAUGGCAAUCUGCGUUCAAAAAUGGGCUUUUGGAGGCUGGAGUGAUUCCGUAUAACGGUUUCACGUAUGACCAUAUCAACGGGACGAAGAUCGGCCGGUACGAUCUUCGACGGAGCUGGCCAUAG